AUGACCCGCCGUCUCCUUGCGACACUCUCGGCCCUCCCCUCUUCUUCAGCAACCCCGCCGCCCCUCGCUCCUCCUUACGCGCACUCCACCGCUCCCCGCUCCACUCCAUCACUGAGGCCACCAUACGCUCACUCCCUCUCGCCGAGCACCGCCGGAGGGAGCAACACGAGCCGUAUCAACGCGCCGUACCGCUUCUCUAUACCCCCAGCGGGCGUAUCGGGCGGUACUGGCGCAGAAGUAGGCCAGGCGGAGGCGUGGAGGGCCUGGGCGAUGGGGGUGCUGGGGUCUGAGGAGGGACGGAGAGGGGUGGAGAAGGUAUGGGAGGAGACGCUGGAGGGGUUGGAGCGAGCCAAAGUGGAUAGCUCCAGAAUCCCAGCAGUAUCGUAUCUCUCUUUGAGCGAAUACCUGGCGAACCCAACGGCGGCACAAGCUAUAAAAUCCACCGGAAGCGUGGUCGUGCGGGAUGUCAUCCCUGAUGGGCUGGCACUGGCAUGGGCGAGGGACAUAUCCGAAGCGAUGAGCCGGCGGGGUGGGGACGCGGUAUACUGGCACCCCGCUCUCCUCGCUGCGCGCUCCAAUCCCUCUUUACUCAACACAUCCUCGGCCAUCCUAUCCGCUCUGUCCGGCACAGAGGGGGACGAGGCGUACAUCCUCGCCGAGAGUGUCAGGGAAGGUCUGGGCAAUGCUGGGGCUGGACGAUGGAGUACAGGGGAUGUUCGAGAUGUCUGGGCAGUACGGGACGAGACCGCGGCUGUUUCUACCCCGCUCCUCUCCCAUCUGGCGCUUACCCCACCCACCUCCUCCCCCACCUCCAUCUACUCGACGAUCCACACGGCCGCCUACGCCCUGCUUCGCCCAUUCUUCUGUCCUGUUCGAUCGAGGAUCUCUUUCUACUCUUCGGCAGAGUAUCUCUCGGCCUCGAACUGGCGUCUCGCCGAGGUGACCGAAAUCACCUCGUCCACUGCAGUCAGUGGCGCGGGCACGGAGCAGAUUACAGAAGUAGGAGAAGGGGGAGAUCGGCCACACCUCCUCGACCUGCCCGUCACGCCCAUCUCCCUCAAUCCAGGGGACGUCAUCCUCCGGAACUCCCUCCUCCCCUCUCCUAUCUCUACCUCUACCUCAAGCCCGGAAUCGGCUGAAAAUGGUCAAGCCUUCUUGCCGCUCACGCUGCUUCCCCGGACAACCAACAAUACCGCGCACAUCGCACUGCAGCGCCGAGCGUACGAGGCGGGUCUGCCGCCCAAGCUUGGCGCUGCGGGCGGGGACGGGGGCGGAGGAUGGGGAGAGAGGGGCGCGAUCAGGGUGGAAGAGACAUUUGGGGAGGGUGCGUUGGGUGGAUCGAGAGGGAGGGGAGUGAUGGGGUACUAA